CUUUUAGUCGUAAAAGUUUUAUGCUCUCCGAUUAUUCCGGCAGCAAGUGAAGGCAUCAUAAUUAAGAUUAAACUAGCUGGCGGAUAAACUCCGGAGCUUUCAAAAUGUCUUACUGGAUGUGCUGCAACGCCUGCUUCCUCUGUCCCAGUGCUGAGAGGAAGCUGGCUGUCACCACCUGUGGACAUGUCAUCUGUAGUGUCUGUUUUCAGAAAGGCAACCAAGGCAAGUGUUUAAUAUGCAACGCCAAGUGCCAGAUAUCCCCUCUCUCUGACAAAAGCAGCUCAGAGGUGAAGGCCCUGUUCACCGACAUCAAUGUUGUCGCAACCAAGCACUUCACUGAAAUCAGCAAGGUUUUUAUGUUCCAGGCAAGACAUCAAAAGAGACUUUUGGCUCAUUACCAGCAAAGGAGCGAGAAGCUGGAAGACGUUUUAGUCAAGAUGAAGCAGGAAAUGCAGCAGAUGUCAAAGAAGCUUAACGAACAGAGCGCCUACAUUGCAAAGCUGGAAAACUCCCUUCAGCAUCACAGGUACAGCACAGACCAGACACCUCUUACAUAUAUCCAUACU